AUGCGCCUCUCCAAGAAGGGCGGGCAUCUUGGCCGCUCAGAGAUUUUAUUCCUGGACGCCGCCGAGCGCUUGACAGGCGGGAAGGCCCCAUAUUUCCACAUAGCCAAGCCUGCAAAGUGGCCUGAUGUCGACGGCGCGGGCUCGACGGUCCAGAACAAGGGCUGGCUCUCGAAAAUCGAACAAUUAAGGCUGGUCUCAGCCCCCACCACCACGCGAGCUGCCUGA